CGCAGCCAAAGAUCCCACGUCGACGAGUGGACGUACUGAACACUGACAAUUGCUGCACGUCAACCGACGGUAGUCACAGCCAUGCUUGCCCUAUUCACAAUGACGACCCUCUUGGGUGCUUCAUCCUUUGCGUGUGGAAUUUUACCUCUGUCUUUUACAUUUUCAAAGAAUCAUUUGCUUCGUCUUACAUUAAUUGGAACCGGCCUGCUCCUCGGGACUGCUUUAGGAGUGAUCAUACCAGAAGGAAUAGAAGCUCUUGUAGAGGCCCAAAUUGAUCCUGCGUUGUUAUCGUCUCGUGUGGCCCUUUCAUUACUCUUCGGGUUCACAUCGAUGCUCGUAGUUGAACAGUUCCUCUCUCCGCAUUCACACUCUUCGUCGGACGUUCCAGCUAUACCUGUGCAUGAUUACGAAACUUCGAGCAUUGAAUUCGAUGCUGAACUGGGAGAGCUGGAGAGCCGAGAAAGUCAUUCUCGACCUGGCUUUGUCCAAGUGGAUGGCAAUCCUCGUAGCCUUGUCGCCAAUGGGAUGAAAGCACGAGCCUAUCCUCUCACUUUUGGACUGGUAAUUCACAGCCUAGCAGACGGGCUCGCGUUAGGCGUCUCUCUGUUUCCUAACAAUAAAGACGACUCUUCCCGUCUUUCGUUCAUCGUGUUUCUGGCCAUUAUAGUUCAUAAAGCGCCUACUUCUUUGGCUUUGACAACUUCGUUGCUUGCCACAUCACUCCCUCGUCCUGAGUGUAAGAAGCACCUUGCCGUUUUCAGUGCCACAACGCCCGUGGCCACGUUUGCCACUUAUGCGUUCUUGUCUUUCUUCGGCGCCGGAGAUCAUGCAGACUGGACAGGUCUUGCGUUGCUCAUCUCUGGUGGUACUUUCUUAUACGUCGCGACUGUUCUUCAGCCAGUGUCAGAUCGCCCUGCUUCAGGGAAUGCAUCGGAAAUUCACAAAUCCAUACGCGUCCUUCUUAUAAUAUUUGGCAUGUUGGUGCCAUUUACUCUGAGCUCUCUGUUAGGCCACGGUCAUUGAGUUACAGGCAUUUCGGGGUGUUAGUUGUACACGUACUAGUAUAACAGGCCACGACAAGAAACGUUCGGGUGAUUGCAAUACUAAGGGCUACAAUAAUGCUACAAGCUUCACGAGUUUCCAUUCCAAGCUGCAAUAGUUAUCAUUCCUCCAUUAUGUCCUGACCUUCAUUCUUGUACUUCGCUAGCUGAUUCCGCCAUGGCUCCCAUGACUUGCUAUACUUCUUUAACAGACUCCCUAAUUCUUCGCGUUGUUCUCU